AUGACCAAAACAUUCAAAUUCUAUUCCAAAUUCAUUCGCUCAUUUUGCUUCCAUCGAGACCAGUCGAUUUUUGACAUUCGUUUUCAAAAUUUUUGGUUUUGGCAUCUGAAUACGGCUUCAAGUAUGUUUUUACUAUGGCAACUUGUUUUUUGAAAAAAAAAUUGAUCCACCCCACAAUUUGUUACCCGCCCGAAAAGAAUUAUUUUACCCCUACCUCUCAAUACCAAAAUAUAAUAAAAAUUUUAAAAAAAAUUUUGUCAUCUUUCCUCCCCCCAUAUAAAAUUUUACCCCGCCCACAAAAAAAAUAAAAAAAAUGCCAAAACUAUGACUUUUAUUAUAGGUUCUAAUAUUUUUUUUUCAAUUUUAGUGACAUCACCCGGUCGUUCCUACUUCGAAGAUGGCAGUGGUUAUGAUUUGACAAUGUCGGAUUCAGAAGAAUAUCAACAAGCGCCACCAACUCGUCAUCGACCGGAUGGAGUUUGUAUCACUUGUUGUGAACAUGGACAACUUUGUCGGGUAAGAACUUUCUUUACAGGGCACAAAAUAGCCAGAACUUUUUCUAAAAAACUUAAAAUAGCAAGAACUUUGUUAACAAAGCAAGAAAUUGCAAGAACUUCCUUUACGUAAAAUAAAAUGGCAAAAACUUUCUUUACAGAACAUAAAGUGGCAAGAACUUUGUUUACAAAACCUAGAACUGCCAAUUUUUUAUAGACUAUCUUAUUUUUAGCUUGGAACUGAAAAUGACGACAAGUUGAGAAUCGAAGCUAUCGACUCUAGCACUGCAGAGAGCUACGAACCUGUCAUACUUCAAAGAGAACGUCAAGCGUUCAGUCUGCUUAAUAUGGGAGCUCAAGAACAGCAAAAGAAGUAAGUUAUUGCCUUGCCUUGCCUUGCCUUGCCUUGCCUUGCCUUGCCUUGCCUUGCCUUGCCUUGCCUUGCCUUGCCUUGCCUUGCCUUGCCUCUGCCCUGCUAUACCUCUAAAAUCCAUCCUUGUAGAUACAACGUGAGCACCACUCCCACAAAUAUGAUGAAAAACAAGCCCCAUUUGGAGCCUCUCUACUACGAUGAUGACGACUAUGAAAACUACUAUCUAGGCCACAUUACUCAACAAGAAGCGAUGGAAAAUUGUCCCGAACGCACUCAAUUCAAGGUCUAUCAUAAGGUUUCUGAUGUGAAGGAUCUGGAUGAACUAGAACCUUGCCUUCGUAUGUUUGUAGUUUACCAUACUAGCAAGGGCGGUUAUUGGUACGUUUUUUGUUCUUUUUUAUGUUUUGGGCGUGGUAGAGUUAAGAAAUUUUGGAGUGGGGGUAUAGUAGGGACAUAUUAGGUCAGCGUUCUAUGAUACGGUAAAGCUUAAAGUACUGCAGAGCAUAGGGUAGAGUCUUGGGUGCGGACGGGCUUGGAGUACAAAAGAGCCUAGAGUACGGUAGAGCUUAAGGUACAGUAGAACCUGGGGUACAGUAAGGCCUAGGGUACAGUAAGAGCUAGGGUACGGUAGGGUCUAGGGUACAGUAGGGCCUAGGGUACGGUAGGGCCUAGGGUACGAUAGGGCCUAGGGUACGAUAGGGCCUAGGGUACGAUAGGGCCUAGAGUACGGUACGGCCUAGGGUACGGUGAGGCCUAGGGUAAAGUAAAAAAAUUUUUAUAAAAAUUAAAAUUUGAAUAUUUUAGUCACUUCCCAAUCAACUCUCUGAAAUCCGAGAAGCAAAAGUACUACUACGUUGAAUGUGGCGACCCUGAUCCGCCCCGCUUCGCCGACAUUGAAUCCAUCGUGCGCUUCUACACGGUCUACGUCCAACUUCAUUACUCCAACGAGAUGCAACAAGUGGAUCCUGAUGUCUUUCCAUGGUGGAAUCUGCCAGAAGAUCAAAUCAUCUACCUCAACAAUACUUCUUGA